UGAACGCUGGCACGACUUGCUGCCGCUGCUCGCCGGUAUUUUUGUAUUCGUUGCUCACUGCCUUCGCUCACCGCCUCACCUGGCGUUUUUAAUAAUGUGGACCGGCAGGACAUACACCCUGCUUGUCUGUAUCUGGAUAUUCCUACUGCCCGCUCACCUGCAAGUGGCGGGUUUGCUGCAGUAUUCACCCGCUGACCUGCUCCGGCUCCGCUGUCACUCCCUUGGACCUGCGCCCGAGGCUCUCCACCUUCACCCGGACAUCACCUUCCAGCCACGUCGGAGAUACAUCCACCGAGGUUCCCGUCGGAUUGUCCACCGCAACGGUUCAACAGCAAUAAAAUCCAUCUGGUCCAGCUCCCGACGGUGGAUUCGUCGCCCUCCAUGCUCCACCAGCCGGGCUGUCGACCACAGCGUGUUAGCCCGCCUAGCUCGGUCGGCUAGCACCACCACCAGCUGCGACAACAACGCACUCAACUUUGCUCUGCUCAACAUCCGUUCACUGACAAGCAAGGGACAUCUCAUUCAGGAUCUCAUCACUGACCGUAAACUGGACUUUCUCUGCUUAACCGAGACCUGGCAACAGCCCCAAGAUUACUCUCAGCUCAACGAUUCCACUCCUAGUGGGUUUGUUUACAUCUCUCAACCCCGUGGUUCCGGUCGCGGAGGAGGUCUCGCGAUAAUUCAUCGCGAGAAUUGGAAAGUCUCGCCGGUAUCAGCUCCAGUUUCAAGCACGUUUGAAUCCACAGUCUGCAAGCUAUCUGGUCCAACUCCAACCAUCAUUGCUGCUGUCUACCGCCCCCCAAAACCGAAUAGUGCCUUUUUAACUGAGUUUGCUGAUUUUCUCACCCACCUAUCCUCUCUCUCACCAAACUUAAUUCUGCUGGGUGAUUUCAAUAUCCACAUGGACAACACCAAUUCGCCUCUUACCAAAGACUUUACUUCCUGCCUAGAGAGUUUUGGAUUUGCCUCCCAACUCCAUUCUCACCUAUGUGCCAACAGCCUGUAUGAAGAAUUUCAGUCUGGUUUCCGGCCACUCCAUAGCACUGAAACAGCACUCAUCAAAAUCACCAAUGACCUCCUCAUGGCAUCUGAUUCUGGACUACUCACCAUCCUCAUCCUCCUCGACCUGAGUGCAGCCUUCGACACCAUCUGUCACACCACCCUCCUCAGUAGGCUUUCUUCCAUUGGCAUCACGAGCACUCCGUUGGACUGGUUUAUUUCUUAUUUUUCUGAUCGCACUCAGUUCAUUCAACUGAAGACCCUCAAAUCCACCCCCUCCCCCGUCACCUCAGGUGUGCCCCAGGGCUCUGUUCUGGGGCCUCUGCUCUUCAUCAUCUACCUCCUUCCCCUUGGCAAUAUCUUCCGUAAAUUCAACAUCCACUUCCAUUGCUAUGCUGAUGACACCCAGCUCUACCUCACCACGCAGCCAUCGUCCUCUCUUCCGCCCACCUCCCUCAGAAAUUGCAUCUGUGAAUUAAAGGCCUGGUUCACCAACAACUUCCUUCAAUUAAACAGUAGUAAAACCGAGGUUCUCCUCAUUGGUACCAAAUCAACUCUUUCCAAAACCGACAGUUUCCAGGUCACUAUUGAUAGCUCCUCCAUCUCCCCCUCCCCCCAGGUGACCAAGACCUCAUUUGACUGCAAGAGCCUUAAGCUCUGA